UUCGGGUGUAGUUAUUAUAAUAUUAGUCAAUUUAUUUCUUCAGAGUGUUAAAAAUGAUUUAUUAGGAAAGAAGGAGAAGAAUCUCUCCCGUGGCACUCUGUCAGGACCUGGGAGCCUGGGCUCCUUCCGCCAGGGCCUGGUUUCUUCCGCCGAUCCUUUGCCAUCAUGUCGGCUGCAAUUGCGGCUCUGGCCGCUUCCUAUGGAUCAGGUUCAGGGUCCGAAUCGGACUCGGACAGUGAGGGCAGUCGAUGUCCGCUGCCAGCUGCCGACUCCCUCAUGCAUCUGACUAAGUCGCCUUCGAGCAAGCCUUCUCUGGCAGUGGCGGUGGACUCUGCCCCGGAGGUGGCAGUUAAGGAAGACUUGGAGACUGGCGUUCACCUUGACCCUGCUGUCAAGGAAGUUCAGUAUAAUCCUACCUAUGAGACUAUGUUUGCUCCCGAGUUUGGACCAGAAAAUCCCUUUAGAACACAGCAAAUGGCUGCUCCUAGAAAUAUGCUUUCUGGAUAUGCCGAACCAGCUCAUAUCAAUGAUUUCAUGUUUGAACAGCAAAGAAGAACUUUUGUCACAUACGGCUAUGCAUUGGAUCCGUCGUUAGAUAAUCAUCAAGUGUCUGCUAAAUACAUUGGUUCUGUAGAAGAAGCUGAAAAAAAUCAAGGUUUAACUGUAUUUGAAACUGGUCAGAAGAAAACAGAAAAAAGGAAAAAGUUCAAAGAAAAUGAUGCAUCUAAUAUUGAUGGUUUCUUGGGGCCAUGGGCAAAAUAUGUGGAUGAAAAGGAUGUAGCCAAACCUUCAGAGGAAGAACAAAAAGAAUUGGAUGAAAUCACAGCAAAGAGGCAGAAAAAAGGCAAACAAGAAGAAGAGAAGCCUGGGGAGGAGAAGACAAUCUUACAUGUUAAAGAAAUGUAUGACUAUCAAGGCAGGUCCUAUCUCCACAUACCUCAAGAUGUUGGUGUUAAUCUACGGUCUUCUGUACCACCUGAAAAAUGUUAUCUUCCCAAAAAACAAAUUCAUGUGUGGUCUGGACACACAAAGGGUGUCAGCGCAGUAAGAUUGUUUCCCCUCUCUGGCCAUUUAUUGCUGUCUUGUUCCAUGGACUGUAAAAUUAAGCUAUGGGAGGUUUAUGGAGACCGGCGCUGUCUACGAACGUUUAUUGGUCACAGUAAAGCUGUUAGGGACAUCUGCUUCAACACUGCAGGAACCCAGUUUCUCAGCGCAGCCUAUGACAGGUAUCUGAAGCUCUGGGACACUGAGACAGGACAGUGUAUAUCAAGAUUCACAAACCGAAAAGUACCCUAUUGUGUCAAAUUUAAUCCUGAUGAAGAUAAACAAAAUCUCUUUGUGGCUGGGAUGUCUGAUAAAAAGAUUGUGCAGUGGGACAUUCGAAGUGGAGAAAUUGUUCAGGAGUAUGAUCGACAUUUGGGAGCUGUCAACACCAUUGUUUUUGUUGAUGAGAACAGAAGAUUUGUGAGUACGUCUGAUGAUAAGAGCCUGAGAGUUUGGGAAUGGGAUAUCCCUGUGGAUUUCAAGUACAUAGCUGAACCUAGUAUGCACUCGAUGCCUGCAGUCACUUUGUCUCCAAACGGUAAAUGGCUAGCAUGCCAAUCAAUGGAUAACCAAAUCUUAAUAUUUGGAGCACAGAACAGAUUCAGACUGAACAAGAAAAAAAUUUUUAAAGGCCACAUGGUAGCAGGCUAUGCUUGUCAAGUGGACUUUUCACCAGACAUGAGCUAUGUGAUUUCAGGAGAUGGAAAUGGAAAAUUAAACAUUUGGGACUGGAAGACCACCAAACUCUACAGUCGAUUUAAAGCUCAUGAUAAAGUAUGCAUAGGUGCAGUGUGGCACCCGCAUGAGACAUCUAAGGUCAUCACCUGUGGCUGGGAUGGUGUCAUUAAACUGUGGGAUUAAUGAGAUUAGUCCUUAAACUACUAGGAUCAUUUUUGAUCCAAUGUCAUAUUUAACUGUAUUUAAUUAUUAAAUGUGUUGGAUAACAACUUGAUUUAUAGGUAAUGUUUUCCUUACAUGGCCUUACGAAGCUGACUGUUUAAAAAAAAGCUUCAUAAAUUUGCCUCAUAUAAUGUCACUGGCAAUUUCAUUUUGCUCUUUAUGUAUGCUAUUUAUACAAUGAAUAAACCAUUGACUUUCUAUGUGAUAAGUAUUGUUGAGAGGCAGUUUAGAUUGAAUUCCCAUGUAUUACCAAAAGGUUCUUCUUUGGUCUCAAAAAAGAAUCCCUACUAGAUUUGGGAUCCUUUAGGAAAUAACGUAAUUCAUGACUAAAGAAGGUACCUUAUACUUACCUACCUGUUCAAUCAGGAGAACAGUAAAGGACAAAGAUGAUGUAAUCCAGUACAUAUUUGAAAGAAGACUAAAACCACUUCCAUUACAUUUAGUGGGUCAAGAUCUAAACAAAAUUUUGGCCCUCAUGAGUUCCACGUUUUUUUUAUGACAUGAAUUGUAUAUAUUUUUAUUUGCAAAUCAGCAACCUUUUACUGCAACAUUCCUCUAAAUAUUAAACAAUAUAAAAUAAAAUUCAGUCAGGAGUUCUUUUCUUGACUUUCUUCCUGAUCAUUAUAGAGAGGACUUACAUAUUUAAGCAAACACUUCCAUUAUUUUUGAAGAUGGAACUCAAGAGAAUGAGCCAAGGCUUUGCGUUUUCUGUUCACUGUCAGUAAGGACCUGGCUACUCUUGAAGCAAUCAGGGUCCCCAGGGUCACUGCUUGAGCAGUGUCACUUCUGAAGUCCUCCUCAUAGGAGACGGAUUAUGAAGGCAUGGUCCAAAAUGCCAACAUGUGAUUUCUUUGAAUUCAUGUUUUAUCUUUAAAAUGACACUGGGUUUUGAUUGUAACACAUAUGCAGAAUUUUUAAGGCUAGAAAAAAAUUUUUCCUAAAUCUGAAAAAAAUUGACACUACAAGAAAGUGGCUUGGGUUUCACAGUUUGAAAAGCAGUGACCCUGAUUAAAAAAGAAAAUAGAUUAAAAGCUUCAGUUUAUAAAAUUAGGAUGGUCUCUUGAUUACAUUAGCUAAAAGCACUUUAGUUUGACAAGCCACUUCUGUUUUAGUAACUCUUAUUAGGUGUUUGAAUGUGGUUUGAAAUAGUUCAGUACCCUGCUAAAAAUAAAGACUGGUUGAGAGUUGCUCUCAAGUGCUGACUUAAGAAGCAAAAUUAUGUUGAAGGCUGGUAACCUCUGAGCGUUAAGCUCCAUGUCUUUUGUUAUCACAGGAGUGCAUGCUUCUUGUCUUCAGAGAGCUUCCAUUUUUAAGUUAUAAUUUAAAUCCUGGUCAGACAGGCAUAAUGGUAAACACCUUGUUAACCCAGCUUUCUGGAAAGCAGAGGCAGGAGGAUCACAAAUUUGAGCCAGCCAGGGCAACUUAGCAAAAUUUUAAAAAGGACUGGGACCACAAAAAAGGAAAGAGGGCUGAUAAACUGACCAGGCUCUGUAUCCACAUAUAAGUACAUUUCAAAGAAAAUAAAAACAGAGAUGUACUUGACACACAUGAUCCAAAGAAACAGAAGCAUCCUGCCUAGCUGCUGCCAUUUCUUUGUAUCUACAGCCAGGAAGAGGCAGUUAAGAGGGAGAAAAUCAAGCGCUUUCCUUAGUUCCGGCCACUAGUUUAACAAGUGUGAAUUAAUAAAAUGAGAUGUGGCAAAAAGAAUCAUACAUCUAAACUGUUGUUCAGCACCAGUGUUGUGUAAGUUACAAAUCAUAAUUUCUAAAUCUGGAUUUAUUUUAUUGUGGUUUUGACUGUUUCUAAACAAGAUAGUGUACAUAAAUUUUCUCUGUUUUGAAAAUAUCCUAUUUUUGAAUAAAGCAUCUUUUAUAAAAAAUGUUGAAAUGUUUAUCAUUAAUUGUAGGGAGCGGCACGACAGCCCCAUUGCUGCCUCCCUGCCUCUCCCUCUUUAUGGGCACAUAAUGCACCUGCCUACAUUAACCAUAAUCCUCUCCUGCUUACGUCACAUACCCGGAGGUGACGAUGACCCAUCAGAAACCACCCCGUAGCCUCUUCCUGUCCCACCAGCCCGCCUUUGGUCCAUAAAAGCUGCAACCACUUCCUGAAUAAACGAGACUUGACUGGACUCCUCAA